CCCUCCCUGAGGCGCCGCUCCUUCCUCCGCCGCCGCCGCCAUGGGGAAGAAGUCCCGCUCGGCUCCGUGCCGCCGGCCCAUCCUGCAGCUCUCCCCUCCGGGCCCCCGCCGGGACGAGGCUGCGGCUGCAGCGGCUCCCGAGGGACCGGAGUCCGGUUCCGAACCGGACGAACCCGAAGCACUCACGGACCCCCCCCGCCACCCGCUCCCCCCAACGGCCGCAGCCGUUAAGCCCACAGGCGGUCUGUGCCUGCUCGGUGCCUAUGCAGACAGUGAUGAUGAGGAGGGUGAGACCCCAGAGAAGUCAUCCCGUUCCGUGGAUGCCAAUGGCAACAAUUCCUCGGAUAUCGACAGCACCUUGGCCAAUUUCCUAGCGGAGAUCGAUGCCAUCACGGCUCCCCCACAGCCUGCAGAGCCUGCUGCAGCCUCGGCCUCCUCAUCCUCCUCCUCCUCUGUCCUUCCCCCCACACCUCCCCGCCCGGAGCCCAAGGACCCCGGCUCAGGGCAGCCCUCGGGCACAGCCAACGGUGCUGAGCCGGUGCCUGCACAGGAGUGGCAGUACGAUACCCAGUGCUCCCUGGCUGGAGUGGGGGAGCUGGAGAUGGGUGACUGGCAGGAGGUGUGGGAUGAGAACACGGACUGCUACUACUACUGGAACACCCAGAGCAACGAGGUGACCUGGGAGCUGCCACAGUACCUGGCCACACAGGUCCAGGGCCUGCAGCAUUACCAACACAGCAGCACCGUGGCAGGCGCCAAUGGUGGCUUUGUAGCAGCAGCUGAGGUGUACCCCCAGGAGAAGGGGGUCGGCCGGGGGACCCCCAUCACCAAGCGGGAGGUGAAGAAGGAGGUGAAUGAGGGUGUUCAGGCCCUCUCCAACAGCGAGGAGGAGAAGAAGGGGGUGGCCGCAGCCCUCCUGGCACCGCUGGUGCCCGAUGUGGUGAAGGAGGAGGAGGAGCGGUGGAGGAGGAAGGUGAUCUGCAAAGAGGAAGUGGAGCCCCCUCCAGAGGAGGAGGUGAAAGCAGAAGAGGCCCCGGUGGCUCCGGAGGAGCCGGAGCCCAGCAGGGAUCCCCUCGUGGAGGACCCGCUGCAGGAGGAGCUGUGCAGCGUGGUGCAGUCAGGGGAGAGCGCUGAGGAGGAGGAGGAGCAGGACACCCUCGAGCUGGAGAUGGUGCUGGAGAGGAAGAAGGCGGAGCUGCGUGCCCUGGAGGAGGGCGAUGGCAGUGGGGCCGGCUCCAGCCCGCUGUCCGAUGGGAGCCAGUCGGCCCCACAGGAUCCAGCCCGGAGGAUGGCCUCCAAACGGGGCAAAUGGAAGCUCUUUGUGGGAGCUGCCAGCCCCGAGUCUGCCAGCAGGGGCUCCAGCAAAACGGGCCGGGAAAGCCCGGAUCCGGGAGAAGCAGCAGCCAGCAUGGAAACAACCGAUGCCAUUCCAGACAAAGAACCAGAGCCUGAGGAGCCCCAGGAGAAGGCCAAAAACCAGGGGCCACCCAAAAUGGAAGAGGAGGAGCAGGACCUCAAGUUCCAGAUCGGAGAGCUGGCCAACACCCUGACUAACAAACUGGAGUUCCUGGGCAUCCACAGGCAAUCCAUCUCCAACUUCCACCUGCUGCUGUUGCAGACAGAGACCCGCAUUGCAGACUGGCGCGAAGGUGCUCUCAAUGGAAUCUACCUCAAACGCAAACUGCAAGACGCCGCCGAGCAGCUCAAACAAUACGAAAUAAACGCCACCCCUAAAGGCUGGUCCUGCCACUGGGACAGGAUGGCUGGAUCACCUCUUCUGACCAACAGCUCUACCCAAGGACAAAGCCCAGCUCCCCGCCGGAACGAAGAACAAGAGUUGUGUCUGCUGCCAGCAGGGAGCAUAGACGCUAUUUCUAUGUUAACGAGCGCUCGGGAGAGUCCCAGUGGGAGUUCCCCGACGGGGAGGACGAAGACGAAGGGCAGCGGACGACGUCCGACGGGAAGGCCAGCGCCAGUCCUCCCAAAGCACCUCCAAAGGACAAGGGAGAGCGCGCCGAGGAUGCUGCCGAGCGCCCCGCAGUCUUCCGUCCCGGUCCUCCAGCCUCCUUUGCCUUUGGAAAUGCCUCCUCCACCUCCACCACCACCGGAUUCGCCUCCGCCGCCCCCUCCGCCACCGCCACCACCGGGAGAAGAUGGAGAGAUCCAGGAGGUGGAGAUGGAAGAUGAGGGGGGCGAGGAGCCGCCUGCCCCGGGCACAGAGGAGGAUGCUCCCCUGAAGCCUCUCCCACGCCCGGCUGCCACCGGUAGCACCCAGCCUGCCGCUGACGCCAGCCCCGUGCCGCUGCUCUCAGUGAAGCCACCGAAGAGGAAAGCCGUGGAGAUGGCCCCGGCGCUGCUGCAGCGCGCGGCCACCAUCGGCAGCUGCCCCGUGCUCUACAGCCAGCCCCUGCUGCCCACCGCCAAGUACCAGCCCUCCCCGGUGCCCUUGGCCUCGCUCCGGCCUCGCCAGCGCCUGCAGAGCGAGCUCCAGGCUCGCCCCAACCUCCGCAUGGGGCCAGGCCCGCAGCCCAGCCCCAUGGGGCUGCAGCCGGGGUACAUGAGCGUCACCGCGCCCGCCGCGCCGCCCCUCAUGAGCUACUCGGAGUGCGCCACCUCCGUCAGCCUGGCCGCGGCCGCCGUGCAGCCGGCACCGGUGCGAGGGGCCCUGCCCGCUGCCAGCACCGGCACCGCCGAGCAGCCACCGCCACCGCCGCCACCACAAACCCCCCCUCCGCCUGUCCCCAAGGCACCGCCACCGCCGCCACCGGACAAGGAGAAGCCGAGGAAGGGGCGGAAGGAGAAGGGCAAGAAGGGCAAGACGAAGAUGCCCUCGCUGGUGAAGAAGUGGCAGAGCAUCCAGCGGGAGCUGGACGAGGAGGACAACUCCAGCUCCAGUGAGGAGGACCGGGAGACCACGGCCCAGCGGCGCAUCGAGGAGUGGAAGCAGCAGCAGCUCAUGAGCGGCAUGGCAGAGAGAAACGCCAACUUCGAGGCGCUGCCCGAGGACUGGCGAGCGCGGCUCAAGCGGAGGAAAACGGCGUCGAGCACGUGAGGGCCCCGGAGCCGUUGCCAUUCCCGAC